AUGAGAGGACGCAAGAUCCGCAAGAGGUUUAGGUUUUAUCGUCGUGAUGUGUUUGGCACAAGGACUCACCGCGGAGGUAGUGACAUGGUGAGGCUCACCCCGUUGGGCCGCGAGCUGCUCCUCCGCAUGAAACUGCAAAUCAUCAAGAAUAUAUACUCCAAAAUCCCAGGAAUAUACGAGUGGGACGCAUACAAGCAACACCUGCCCGCCAUCAAGGUGCACAUGGCCGCCAUCACCAAGGCCCUCGAGAUGUACAAGGCACGCCACGUUGAGCGUGGCCUGUUCCACUUCCGGCCUAAGCCCAACUUGCUCGGGUUCUGGAUCCUUUGCCCCUGGUGUGUUCGGGGUGGCGCUCAAGCUCGACAUGAAGGCCUUCGCAAGUGGAGGCGCCGGUGCAAGAAGAGGGCGGCUAUUGCAGCGGCUGCCGCUUUGCGCAAUAGGCCAACGAUGGACCAUGUGUCUUCCCUCGCGGAGAUGAAGAUGAGAUUUAUGGGAGCCCGCACAAUGCUAUACUUGGCCUACCUUGUGUUUGUUUCUAUUUUAAGUUGCAUAAUUGUGUUCAUGUGA